UGAAACACAUCGUUAAAGGACUGAUCGACAGACAUUUUUCCCAAUAAAGUAAUAAUGAUAAAAGGAAAUUAAAGUUAGAAAAGAUUUGUUUACUGUUACAAGUUGUAAACUGGUGUUAAACAUUUUGGUAUUGAUAAAUUAUCAUAUUAGGGAAAGGUUGCAUCAGUAUAACAUAGCAAGCGUCAGUUACUUAGGAUGUAAUUUUAAUGAGAAAGAUGGCAGACAAAUACUAUAGACUGGUUUGCUUUGUGGUAGAUAUUUGCGCCGACGUAUUAAGGAAAUAUUUUAUCAAACUUGCAAGAACUGAGGCUGGGAGCACUUAUACAUCAAUUGAUGCAUACCUAUCUCAAAGAAAUCGGGAUGUGAUGCAAUUAUUCAAUAACAAAAAGCUCAGGAGAGAUCAGUAUGAUUUAUUGUAUCCUGGUAACAGCACCGCUGAUGAAAACCAAUGGGACGUAUCAAUACUGGUAACAUUGAUAACAGAACUUUUUGCCACUCGUCUGCAGCCAGUCGAAAUAUUCGCGUUGAAAACUGAAAUUCGAGGGAUUCGAAAUGAGUUGCAACAUAACCCAAAUACUGGCAAUAUUUCAGAUGAUGACUUCGAUGAUUAUUGGGGGCGAUUGGACUCUUCUGUUAGGCUUAUAGCAACGAAUGCGCUUGAUACGAAUGAUCAAGCAUCCUUACUAGAGAAAAUAAAUCAGGUAAAAUGUAAUCAUCUACCAAAUCUCAGUGAUUGUCAACGGUUAUGGCAUGAAGAAACAAUUAAGCAGAUGUUUAACAUUUUGGAUGAAGUGCAGGCAAAUACAUCCAUUCUCAGACAAGUGACAGUCCAAAAACCAGGACCUUCAGGGGACAAAAAUAAAAGAAUAAAAGUUGCUGAUGAUAUUCUGGCACGGCUUCAAGCGGGGUUUGAGUCAACGAUGAAAGAACUAUCAGGCGAUUUUAACCCACCAAGUGAAGUGACAGACAUUCGAGCUAAACUAAGAGAUGGCCAUCACGUGGUUGUAACCGGAUGCAACAAUAGCCGUUAUUUUGAGACCGCUCUUGCAGCAAUAAAGGGGAUGGAUUAUAAUUACAAACGAUGUGUAGAAAUGCACACAUCGUCUGAUUGGCGUCACAUUGAUCCAGAAGAUGUAGACUUGGUUUUAUGUAGAGAUCCAUUUGGAAGAAUUUCCUAUGAUGAAAGCAAAGCUAAAGCCAUGGAUGAUAUAUUUAAAAGCAUGAUGCACUCAACAAAGAGAGAUAGUAGCGAUAAAGCCUUGGACAUUGUCAUAGUAACAGACCUGAAGAUAUUCGAAGAGUGCAAAAUGCAUCAUGACCAUGAACUCUUAGACGAAGUGGUGAAGGUGUUUACUGAUACGAGUUCAACACAACCGGCUGAUCUUACAAUAGGAUGUAGACGUCAAGGACAAUACGCGGAAUCGUCUUCGCUGCCAGUAACAAGAAAUAAUUUGGGAGCUAUGACGAAACAUUUCCUGAUGGUUUAUAAGAUAUCCAGUCGUCAAGUAGAUGAUCAGAUACUUAAAAAUGCAAAGAAAAGUUUCAAAGCAAAUAAGGCUAUAGUACUAACAGGGCAUGAGAAAUGUGGUAAAACUUCAAUAGCAGUUGCAUUGGCGUCUGCCUAUGAGGAACAGCAAUGUUUACUUCUCAAGAAACCAAACGAUGUCAAUUACAUUGACUUCCCAAACACCUGCUUGGUUAUCAUUGACGAGUUUGCUGGGAAAUAUCGUUAUGAGGAAAAUGAAGUGUACAAAUGGUACAACAUGUUUGACUACCUGUACAAUGCUGUUAUAGCAGAACCGAUAAAUGUUAUAAUAACGUGUGAAAAAAGUAAAUUAGACAAAUGUAUCAACGAAGUAAGACGGCAUGCCAUUUUAGAGCACGUAGUGGAUGUGUCUUUACAAAAAGCUGUCGUUAAAUCAGAAGUGCCUGAAGAAUAUGGACAUAUAUCUGGAAAGAUAGUCACCACAGAUCAUUCUAUAGGCACAAUAUCAAAUACCACACAGACUCUGAAUUACACAGCAUCGUUGUUAGGGGACCCGUCUCAAGGGCCAAUCCCGCUGUCCAGACAUGACACGAUUCCUGUUUCUACAAGAAAUACUUCAAUUUUUGGACUAGAAUAUGGACAUGUGUCGUUCGUCAAUAUAGAUCAUUCUAUUGGCACCAUAUCAAAUACAACACAGUCUAAGAACUACCCACUACCAUUGCCAGAGGUACCGUCACAAUGGCCAAUCCUGCUGUCGAGUCCUGAGAGGAUUCCACUUUCUACAGGAAAUACUUCAUAUUUUGGAAGAACACAACUGGAAGGAAUACAAAAUCCGAUGCAGCUGAAAAGAGGAUUUCCUGGAAUGGAAAGGGUAAUACAGACUGAGACAGCUGAUUUGAGUGUAAAGAGAUCGAGGUCAAUGUCGUCUGGUUUAUGGUCAGUCAAAGAGAAACGUGAAAUUAACAUCAGGACCUAUGCUGAUAGUCAGGAUUGUAACAUUAAAGGGAGUUGUAUACUACCUUUGGGAGAAAUUCUGCUUGCAGAUUACAAUAAUAAUAACUUGAAGAAACUUGAUGAUAUGUAUAAUGUAAAGUGUGUGUGUGAUCUUCCUGGUAUGCCGUAUGAUGUUUGUUAUGUCGGGGAUAAUGUAGCUGUUGUAUCACAGUUUGCGGGGAAACUUCACUUUGUUGAUACUAAACAUAGUAUGACACUGGAUAGAUCCAUUGAUACAGACCAUACUUGUCAUGGUCUGGCUUGUCAUGGUGAUCAGAUAUAUGUUAGAGACUGUUAUGGUUCUGUUUAUAGAUAUAGUACAGACGGUAUAAAGCAGCAGAUGAUUUAUUCAUCUAGAAAUUUGUAUAACAUUUUUAACAAUACAAGUAUUUCUGUGAGUAUUGAUGGGAGUAAGUUAUACCUUCCAUGUGAAAAUGAGCUUGUUACCAUUGACAACAAUGGAAACCAUUGGUUUAUAUUAAACAAUCUAGACAUAGUUUCAAGUGGUGGAGUUUGUGUGGAUGAUCAAGGUUUUGUUUAUGUAACUGAUAGUAAUGGAAAUUUUUUACAAAUAAGUGAAGAUGGUAGAACUAUACUUCAAGUCAUAACAAACAUAUCUGGCUGGAAAUGUGCACUUCUUCGUACAUUAACAUUUGAUAGGAGAAAUAAAGCUCUGAUAGCAGCUGGGUAUUCAGACACAAUUCAACUUCAACGGGGUUUAACUAGUGUCGUUUAACUGAGGUAAUAAUGUGAAACUCAAACAAAAUGAAUAAAUAGGAUACCGUGAUCAUAUAAUUGCAAAAUGAAUAAAGUUAAGAUUUCUAAAUAUAUUAUACACUUUAUUUUUACCGGCAUAAUGUAUAGUUAGAAUUAUUCCUCACUAGAUGGUGAAGCAAAUUUGUUUUUUUUCUUCAAUGUAUAGAUAAUGCAAGAUAUAUAAGUAUUUAUAAACUUUGAUAAAUUGAAGUACAACAUGAUAAUUCUAUUAUUUAAUAAGUCAUUUCCUAUUUUUCUUAUCUGGAAAGGAGUCAAUUAGUCGAUACACAUAUCUACAACACCGUAUUUUAUUCAGUCACUGUUAAGAGUUGUUUCAUGUGUGAUCUACCAAUUGAUAUUUCAAUAAUAAUAAAUUAUUUAUAGAACAAAAGUGGUCUCAACAAUUAUAUCAAGAAACUAGAUCUGUAAUAUGGACCAAUGUAACAAUAACGUUUUUCCGUACCAUGUGUAUGUGUCCUUGAAGAGAAUAAUUACACAUUUUUUCUUUUAAUUUGGGACCACAAGUAUACUUCUUUAUUAUGUUAGGAACUUCUCAAAUAAUAAAAGCAUUGACUGAAAUAGUA